AUGUUUGUGAGUGAAUCCGAUCGCAUUUCAGCCGCAGAGUCCAUUCUUUCAGCUCAACAAAUCGCAGAGAUCGAAGCGUAAGAAGAAGAGCAAAGAACGGAGUGAACGGAAGAAGAAACAGUCGACGGCGGCUGCCAAAAAGGAAAGGAGUCAGAGAAGUCAGCGAAUCCGGAAGGCGAGGGCCGAAAGGAAAGAGGAAGCGGAGAAGAACGCGACUGGGACCGUCAUGAGAGCGGUGUCUCCAGGAACGUCCGAAGGGACCACCAGCGGAAAUGGGACCACUGGAGGACUCCCGGAGCCGACAGACGAUAAAACAAGCUUUGAGAAGAAAAAGAAGAAAGAAGAGCCAAAGCAGGAGCCGAAAGCGGAGCCAAAGCCAGAGCCGUGGACAGGGGAGGAAGUGGCGAAGAAGAUGGUGGCUAGUGGACUGUUCAGUGAGUGAUCCGAACUCGGAAAAGAUCUCAUCGGAUGAAUUUCAGACACGGAGAUCAUCAACGCAACUUUCAAAGAGCUGCCAACAGCGAAACCGCCCGCGGACGAAUGUCCUCGGUUCAAGGGUAACCUGGACAAAAUACGCGCUCCCGACUACCCGAUUCCCGACGAGAAGCUCAUCAAACUGACUCACGCGCCCGAUACUUUCAUCUGCGCCGCCAAAGUCAGUGUUCCCGAAUUCAACCGUACGAUGAUUGUCACCCAAGUGCCCGAUGUGAGCCAACCGUCGAACAUCGAGGACUUCUGGCGGAUGGUGUUCCAGGAAGAGAUCGUGUCGGUCGUGAUUGCCGUGAUGCCGCUCGAGUGCCGCAUCACUCUUCAGCAACUUUUCCCCAUUUCCAGUGGAACAUUCGCCAACCACGGAAAAAUGUUUUUGAAUAAUAAGAAAGUGGAGUCGGCGGUCGCCAUGACAGCCUACACUCUGGAAUUGCUGCCCGACGGAUGCUCGAACUCACUCAGCACGACCGUUUAUCACCUGCACAAUUGGAGGCAGAAGAGGGGGCUGGAGAACGUCCGCGAGCUCGUCACGACCAUGGAAAAAGUUGUGAAGACUAACGAAGUGAGCGCCAAUCUACGAAUAAUGAGGAGGGUGUCUGUUUUGCAGAAUACCUUGCUGAUGAGUAUGAAUGGAACGGGAAGAGCCGGUACGAUGCUCACAAUCUUCACGAGCAUGCUGCACAUCAAUAAGGAGAAGGAAAUCAAAGUGAAGGAAAUCGUUGAGAAGCUGAGAGCGGAGAGAUGCGGACUCGUGGAGAACGCCGAGCAGUUCGGCACGGCGCACAAGGCAUUGGCCCUGUGGUUCAAGACGAAAUCGACAGACGAAGAGGUUCAGAAGAAGGUGCAGGAGUACGCGCCGUCUCUGCAAUGA